AAGCGAUAAACGUCAUUCAUUGGAAUCGCAAAGGAAAUGUCAACUGCUUAAGUCCCGAUCAAUUUUAAUCGAUAGCCAGGUGAUAUAUAAGAGGUCUGAAGCUACAUUUCAUAACAGACGGCUGCGGGAAUUACUUUCAAUUUAACUGAAAAUUAGAUUUGUGAAAUCUUGAAGUUACAGGCGACCGAAAAAGUUGCAGAACCUUGGUCCAGUUUGAGUCUUGAGAGAUAGUAAACAAUGUCAGGCAGUGCGAAGUCGGCACGGCCUUCAAGUGCGUCUUCAAGACACGCUUGGGGUUCAGAUUAUGGCCAUGCAAGGCCAGAUAAUCAGUUUGAUUUUGGUCAGGAAGGUAUAAGAGACGACGCUGAUCUGAGUCCGACGGCCAUGGAAGAUGAUCACAUCUAUUCCAACGGUGACAAGGGCAAGUCAGCUGGAAGAAGCUCAGCAGUUGCAAAGAAUGGGUCCAAGAAGAAGUCAUCCCAGUCUUGUCUUGGAAAGAUUGGCAGUGGCAUAAGAUCGCUAUGGGCGACACGGCAGACCGAGGAUGUGAAGGGCGACCGAGAGCUGCAUGUGAAGACGACACUCCGCGAACUCAUCAUCUACAUCGUGUUCCUCGUCAUCCUAUGUAUUGUGACAUUCGGUAUGACAAGUACAACAAUGUACUACUACACUAAGGUGAUGAGCGACCUGUUCCUGGAAACGACCCACUCUGGCGGCGGUACCUUCAAAACCAUCACUAGCGUGGAGGACUACUGGAAGUUUGCAAAGGGACCCCUCAUCAAGGGACUGUACUGGGAGACAUGGUACAACAACGUAACCGUUCCUGAAGACCAGCUUGGCUACAUCUACUACGAGAACAAGCUCCUUGGUGUUCCUCGCCUCCGAACGCUCCAGGUCCACAGCAACUCCUGUGUCGUGCAUGAUGACUUCAAAGACGUGAUCCGAGAGUGCUUUGAGUCUUACUCAGAGAGCCUGGAGAACAAGGACUCCUUUGGAGAAAAGGACAACCACACUGCUUGGCACUACCAGUCACAAGACGAGCUGGAUGGGUCAAGCCACUGGGGUCAGAUAACGACAUACAGUGGUGCAGGGUAUGUGCAAGACCUCACCAACAACAAAACUGAGUCGGAGGACAUCAUCGAGUACUUGUUUGAGAAGCGCUGGAUCCGCCGGGGAACUCGUGUUCUCUUUAUUGACUUUACCGUGUACAAUGCCAACAUCAAUCUCUUCUGUGUUGUCAGACUGACAGUUGAGUUCCCGCCAACUGGAGGAGCGAUCCCACAUGCGACGAUGCGGACAGUGAAGCUGAUCCGCUAUGUGACAGUGUAUGACUACUUCAUCAUGGCCUGCGAGUUCAUCCUCUGUCUUUUCAUCUUCUACUACAUGGUGGAAGAGGCUAUUGAGAUCAAGAAGCACAAGUGUUCGUACUUCAAGAGUGUGUGGAACAUCCUUGACAUCCUGGUGAUCAUCAUCAUGAUCAUGUGUGUGAGCUUCAACGUCUACCGCACCCUCAAGGUGGAUGAGCUACUGCAGGACCUCCUCAACAAGCCAGACCAGUAUGCUAACUUUGAAUUCCUCAGCUAUGGACAGGAACAGUUUGACAAUGCCAUCGCCAUUGCCGUCUUCUUGGCUUGGAUCAAGAUCUUCAAGUACAUCAGCUUCAACAAGACGAUGACCCAGCUCUCGUCCACCCUGGGCAAGUGCGCCAAGGACCUGGCAGGGUUUGCUGUGAUGUUCUUCAUCAUCUUCCUGGCCUUCACCCAGCUGGGAUACCUGUUGUUCGGGACACAGGUCAAGGACUUCAGCAACUUUCAGAACUCCUUUUUCACACUGUUCCGGAUCAUCCUUGGAGACUUUGACUUUGACCAGCUGGAGGCCGCCCACAGGAUUCUCGGGCCCAUCUUCUUCAUGCUCUUUGUCUUCUUUGUGUUCUUCGUCCUGAUCAACAUGUUCCUGGCCAUCAUCAAUGACACCUACUCCGAGGUGAAGGGAGACAUGGCCAACCAGAAGAAUGAGUUUGAGAUGACGGACUACUUUAAGAGAGGCUAUGAGAAGAUGCUGACCAAGAUGAACUUCAAGCAUGACAAGAUUGUUGACAUCCAGAAGGCUCUUCAGACUGCCGAUAUCAACAACGACAAGCAGGUUGACUUUGAUGAGUGGAGACAGGACCUGAAAACACGUGGCUACGCUGAUGCUGAGAUCGAGGCUCUGUUUGCCAGGUAUGACAUCGAUGGGGACCGCAUCCUCAGUCAAGAUGAACAAAACAGAAUGCUUACUGACCUCGAUGCCCAAAAGGCUGCCCUCAACAAGGAGUAUGACGAUAUGAUGCAGCGACCUGAGAGUGCCAACAGACGUUCCACCAGCCGAGUAUCCUCCAACGACGACAGUGGCGACGAUAGCGAUGAUGAUGAAAGCAGAACCAAAUCUUCUAGAUCAGGCCCAGCACAAGGAGUACAGUACGAAGAAUUCACAGUGCUAUCUCGGCGUGUUGACAGAAUGGAACACUCUAUUGGCAGUAUUGUAUCAAAGAUAGACGCAGUACUUGUAAAAUUAGAAGCCAUGGAAAAAGCAAAAUUAAAACGCAGAGAAACAAUGGGCAAAAUUUUAGACAGUAUAACAGAGUCGGAUGGGACAAGUGACGAAGUGAAACGAGAACAGAUGGAGCGGCUUGUUCGGGAGGAGUUGGAGAGAUGGGAUAGUGAGUCUUCUAUCACACCCCAGCCCAGUGGGCGUGGGGCCUCACCCAGUAGUUCCGGGCGGGGCGGAGCACGCUCCCGCAAUGGGGGAAACGCACUUCAGAAAAGACAACAGCCCACAGAAAAUUUACUAGGAAAGCUGUUUGAAGCUCCAGAGGGGGUGAUCAUGGUUCAGCAAGACCAAGCCGGGGGUCAGGUUGGCUCUGACUGUCCUGAAGCCCUUCAGAAGGCCAGACCCAAAACUGCCAAUAAGCAGGAUAGGUUACACAAAAAGCUCUCGGCCAAAGAUGUCAAGGAUAUCUUUGACAGCGGAGUUUUCACCAGCCACUGCUAAAAAUCGAUGUGAACAAUGCUCCUUAUAAACAUAAACUUUUAACAGUAUUCAAUUAUCAUACAAUCCAUCUUCAAACAAAUAAACGUUAAACACUGCGAUAAUACAUGUAAAUCGUAGAAAAACUUGCAAUGAAAAAGAGGUUGUGAAAACUACGACGUCGGAGUGCCAACGACCAAGGGACUUUUGAGAUACUGCGAUCAUUCCUGGUUUUAGAUCUAUAUCUGUUGUUACCUUUCCAGCAGUAAUUGCUAACAAGCAAUUAUGGCAAUGAUUUGAAAAGAAAUGUUUUUAGUAAAAUAAAAAAUUCUAAGAUUCUUAUUCAUUGAACUUUACGCUUGAAGUAAUGUAACAUGGAAGUCAUCUUAUCUGUAUGUACGUAUCUUAUGAAUAAAACAGCUUUUUCGAUUUCGUAAUAAUAAGUAGAUUUACUAUCUUUUUUGCAACUUGAAUUUUUGAUGGUCAGUUUAGGCAAUGCUUAUUUGAUUUUGGAAGUUAUUUGUCACACUCAUUUUAUGUUUUAAUGAAAUUCUUAAUAUUAAGAUAUUUUGCCAUACUCUAACUGAUGUGGUGGCCACCAAAACAACUUCCUAAAACUUACGAACUAAGUACUAUUUUUUUGUGGAGCAACAAGAUCAUUCUGCAAGUUACUGCUGAAAAGGUGACAUAUAUGUGUUUUGUGUCUGUAUUUGCUAGUCAAUAGUGAUAUGUAACCCUGUCCCCAAAACAAAGUUGGGUGACUACAAUAGUGCAUCAGGAAAUCUAAUCCGUCCCAAUCUUUUAAACAAUAAUUUUAUUUUUGUGAUAUUUUGAAAUUUUUCUUUUACAUGUUUCUGUUUAUUUGUUAUAUUAUAUUUUUAUUUUAUGUUAAGAUCUGGAAUUGUAUUUCUUGAAAUUUGGUUUACUUUGUUCUUGUAUCAUUUCAGAAAAAUAUUAACAGCAGUCUUUUUUACUUGUACUAUGGCCAUGUGUUGUUUAUGUCUCAUUUUAUGUUUUGUUGUACGGUACUUAUAUUAUUAUAGCUUAAGGAACAAAAAUCAUGUUUAAGAUGUUUAUUUGGCUUUUAUAAUGUAUAUUUUGGUCCUUAUUUAAUCAAAGUCAUGGCAUUUAUGGACAGGAUUACCUAUGACCCUCGUAGAUUUCCCGGUAGAUUUUCCGUUUUCUCUUUAUUACUUUAUUUAUAACAAUCCAGCUGUGAUUAAAUUUAACUAAAACAUCUAUCCCUGAAUGAUGUGUGGUUUUCCAGGUACCAACUUUUAACAGUGCCAUCUUGCAAUGAAAGAUAUCUGUGAUGUGAAAUUUCAACUGCUGAAAUCAAAACACCGCUAUUGUACAAUACACUUUUCACAACAGCACAAUUUUACAAAGACCAAACUAUUGAUGUGUUACUGAUUGUAAGGAAUUGUAAGUAUAAGAUUUUAAAUUAUGAUGUGAAAAGUAAUAUGAAAUCAAAUUGAAAUAUUUUCAUACUCUAUUUUCUGAAUUUCUCUGUCUUUCUUAGGAAAACUUCAACCUUUGUUGAGCAAAGGUUAGUAUCAUCUACAAAAGUAAAAUCAAGGAUGACAUCAAACUAUAAGAUCGCUAGUCCGCAGUUUCUCAAAAAUUCACCAGUAUUUACUCGACUGGGUACACUAUCAUAAAUCCAGUCUAUAAGUCAAAAAGAAAAAACAAAUUCUUGGCAUUUUAUUUGUUUUAUUGAUUUUUUAACCAAAACGUUUGUAAUUAUCUCAAUAAAGUCAUUAUAUAUGCAAAAUAAUGUUUUAUACAAGUGCAAGUUGGUAUAUAGCUCUAAAACAAUUUUUAACAGAUCAAUUUUCCCAAAAAGUAUAUAUCAACAUAAGUAUUGAGAAAAUGAAAUUCCAACAAUAAGAAUUUAUACCAUGCUUGUGUGUAAUGUUUAGUAAGUAUUAGAGUAAUAUCUUUUUUGUAUUUUUGUGAAACUGCCGCCAUCUUUUAUGAACCAACUUUUACACAAUCUAGUGCUAAAGACGUGCCUUUCUUCACCAAACUUUUCACCACCACAAUUGCACGUACACCGAUUUAUAUCCGUCCAAGAUCCCGUCCACCUUUGAACAUUUAUAGUAACUGUCCUGCCAUUUUAUGAUAGAAAUUGCAUGCAUUUUGUUACUUAAAUAAUUUAUUAUGUAUGUUAAAGAUGUAUAUUUUCUUACACAAAAGCUUUGGCAAAGAUGUACUCAUUUUAUCAAUUGGAUUUUAGAAAUACAGUUAUUGUUAUUUAGAUAUUAUUGUUCAAGUUAAAAACUGUUGAAACGUCUGAAGUUGUAAAAAACAAACAAAAACAUGUACAAUGUACUGUCCAUUUCUGCCUUAAAAUGACAGAUGGAAGGACUGUAAUAUUUCUGUGAAAUAUUGAAGAUCAAAAACAAUUUUGGGUCAUAUUUUGCAAUAUUUUAAUUACUACUAAAUAAUCAAAAACUUAUUUUGGAACAUAAGUAAUUUUAGUAAAAUCAAGUAAUGUCUAAAACAGAACAUUGAAAUCAUAAAACCAUGCUUUAUGCUAGUAUUUUACUGGUAAAUUUCUAGUUACAACAUCAGAUGUUAUUGUUUUAGUUGUUUGGUGGACGUAAUACAACUUGAUCUAAGUUAAUAAAUCAGUUUAGAACUCUCAA